AUGGACGGCCAUUGGACAACAGCGUCGUUGAAGAAUGGCACUGAAGUGUUCAGUGCGGCGUUGUAUUUUGUCGCGGACAACGCACCAGAGCUGUACGAAAUCACCAUGAUUGGGAUGGCUGUUCCAUCUGAGCCGACGGUAGAGUGGCAGAGGAGCAGCACUUCAAAGAGGCGCGAGCAACUGCAGAAACAGCUUGGCAUUGGAGUUCUCAAUAAAGACUACAGGAGACGGCAUAUAACACAGCUCGAGGUCGGAUUGCAUGACUCGAAACACUCUGUAUCAAUGACCGAGCCAAGAAACUUUGCUCUUAUACAAGUGCUGUUGGGAUGCUCGCCCCAAGGAGGCUGGGCAAUGACAAACUACAAGGAUCUCUAG